AUUGAAUCUACUAUAUGUAUGCUCUCAUGAUAUAUGCUCUUUUGUGAUUUUCAAAAGACUGAGCAGUUAAGCAGUAAUGCUAGCAAGCAAUGGAGCAAGAUUCACACUGCACAGCAGAAAGGGAACUGUUGGAAGCUGUAAGCAGAAUUACCACAUCUUCUACCACAAAUCCAUCUGAUGAAGAAGAAAACGAACCCAAAGCUGAAAUUUCAUGUCAAGUGAGAAAAGAAAAUCCAGAAAAAGAUGACAUGCAAGAUUCCAGUGCAACCCUAAGUCCCAACUCUUCGAUGACCACUAAGGAGCUUCAGGAGUACUGGAGGAAUGAAAAACGCCAGUGCAAACAAAUCAAACUCCUUUUUGAAAUCCCAUCAACCAGAAUUGUAGAGCACCACUUAUCUAAAUACGUGAUGUAUAAAAUCAUCAUUUUGCAAACAGGGAGCUUUGACAGCAACAAGUCCAUAAUUGAACGGCGUUAUUCAGAUUUUGAGAAACUGCACAGAAAUCUGCUGGAAGAAUUUAGCGAAGAACUGGAAGAUGUAACCUUUCCCAAAAAAACUCUAACAGGAAACUUCACAGAAGAAAUAAUCAAUGAACGAAAAUUAGCCUUCAAGGACUACCUGAGACUCCUCUAUUCUAUGAAAUACAUCAGAAGAUCAAAAAAAUUUAUUGACUUUUUAACAAGGCCAGAGCUUCAGGAAGCAUACGGUUGCCUGCGGGGUGGCCAGUACACCAAAGCUUUGGAAAUCCUUUUAGAAGUCAUUGGGCUGCAGGAAAGGCUGACAAGAGGGAACCCUGUUGCAAUUGUCCCCACCCUCUGUGCCAUCGUGGUGUGCCACAAGGACCUGGAAAACCCAGCAAGCGCCUUUGAGUAUGGAGAGAAAGCUCUGUCACGACUCUGUGUGCACACCAGCCACAGGUAUUACAUGCCACUGUUAGAAACAAUGAUCGCUCUGGCAUAUGAACUUGGCAAGGAUUUUCUGUCUUUGCAAGAAAAACUGGAAGAAUGGAAGACAAAGAAAGAUCCCGUACGGGUUUUUACCCUGAAAGAACUUGCAGUUCGGGAGUACGUACGGUGAACACAAGAAAAAAUUAAUGAAAGAGCAAACUCUUGGAAGAUUGAGAACUGGAAAUUACCUGAUUGGGUUGCUUAACAUUGUAUUAACAGGAAAAACAAUUAAGUAUCCUCUAUGCUCAAAGGGACAUUAACAUCUAUGUUGGAAUAUGUUACAUCUAUUGUACAGAUAUGAGGAGUUCCCGAGGAGCACUUUAAGGUUUCUUGAAGGAA